UAAUGCCUGCUUUUGAUCUAGCCCUCCACUACCAGGAGCUCUCUCCGGGCUACAAAGAUCGCCACCAGAGGAGAUGUCUGCAGGCUGUGUGAGGUCACCCCCUGAGAUGACGGAACACAGGCUGCUGGGUCAGGAGCCGCGCUAUGGUCUUUCUGAGGCCCAGAAGAAGGUGAAGAUGGACCGGCAGAAGGAGCGCAGCUCUGUGGAGGCCCCCGCUGACGAUCACCACGACAACCAGGAACAGAAGAAGCCACGCAGGAAAGACACACCUGUGCUCAACAUUCCCCCACUCAUCCCAGGUGUGAGGCUGAUCAAAGGAGAGAAUCAUCUGGUUCAUCUAGAAGAUGAGGAAAAAGACGGUAAAAAUUAAGUCCUCUUGGAGCCGGCUUCCGUCAGUCAUGAUGACAAUCAUUCACAUCACUGCCACAGGAUGUUUGACUAUUUAAUGUUAAUUUUGUGCCCUUUAAAAAAGAGAAUGUAGCAUUUGUAAUCCAACCAUUCAUGCCUUUGUUGUUUGGAGAUAAAAAUAUAAAUUGUGCUUAUGACCAGUCAGGUGUGUUUGAAAACUUCAUUGAGGUCAUGUUGUCACACAAAAAAACAAGUUUUAGUAAAAGCAUGUAUUUAUUACUUUAACUGAAAAUGAACA